GAUCAGUCGGCCUGGCGACGUUGGAUGGAUGCUGUGUCUGUGUGAUUCUGUGAGUGUGUCUGUGUCAAACAUUUUCGUACGUGUUUUGGUUUUACGGCCCGCGAGUGAGUUCAGCAGGCCCCUCGCGCCGUCAUCCGAAUUAGUAGUGGAGCCGCUUUUGGUUCAUUCGCCCGAGCCGACCGACACGAGAUUCUCUUUUUGACAGUCCGCGCGUCAAAUCGCACCUCGCCGCGGCCGCCACUGUAAAAGUGCACAAAGCGCGGACGGUUUGACACAAAAUCGGCGUGUUGCAUUUGGCAGGCGGAAAGCAGGAAGCGACGCGCGCGGUGCCUAUAAAUGUAGGUUACUAGUGCAGAGGCGCGCUUUGAAUUCGCCAGCAGCGACUUUUUCGAGCACUUGCUGCUGCAGGUGUAUAUUAUUUUGAAGAAGAAGAAACGGCAAGUGGAGGUGCGCACCCCACCUGCGACACUCGCUGAUAUCGCGGCAGCCAGUCUUGCACGUCGCCUCACCAGAGCAACAUGAGCGCGAGGGCGUCCGACGCCGGCUCGGCCCAGCACACGCCCAGGGUCAGCCUGGAAAUGGGCACUGCCAGCCACGAGGUAAAAGAUCCUGCGCACCGACACUCAUACAACACUGAUAAACAAGACUUGCUCGACGACAAGCGACCGGUGGGAUGUUCGCGGAAGGCGCUGCUUUUGACCGGAGGGUUGACGGCCGGCGUCAUCAUCAUCGUAGUCGUUCUCAUUGUGACCCUCGGCGGUAUCGACGGCGGCGGCAACUCCGAGGAAAGCAAAGACCCGCGGCCGGCAUUCACCCUCGAUGAUUAUCUGAGCGGGCGCUUCUCGGCGGUGCGCUUCAACGCAACCUGGGUGUCGGACACGCGGCUCAUGUUCAGCAACGCGGAGGGCGAACUGCUGCUGCAUGACCUGUUGACGAACACAACCGAGACGCUUCUCACACCCCAAGAUGAGCCGAAGCUCAGUAUCAGUUUCCUGCAGCAGUUGUCUGCCGACCAGCAGUUCCUUUUGAUCGCAUACGAUUACCAGAAGCUUUUCCGUCACUCAUUUUACGCCAAUUACACUGUGAUCAACUUGAGCACAAAAGUGUCCACCGAUUUAAUCGCCCCCGAUGGCUCGAAACGACUUCAGUUAGUCAAAUGGUCGACGGUGGGAAAUGCGUUGGCCCUCGUCAGGACCAACAACAUCUACUACAUGAAAACGGCAGCAAACACUGAAAUGAUUCAACUGACGAGCACUGGAUUGCCCAACAUAGUUUACAACGGAGUGCCUGACUGGGUUUACGAAGAGGAAGUGCUCGGCAGCAACGACGCAAUGUGGUUCUCGCCAGAUGGCAACAAAUUGGCGUACAUGACCUUUGACGACACUAAUGUCAAGGUGAUGACGUUCCCAUACUUCGGACAGCCGGACAACCUCGAAUUUCAGUACUCCAUCAACGUGAACAUCCAUUAUCCCAAGCCUGGCUCUCCCAAUCCGACCGUGUCCCUAAACGCAGUUGACCUCACAGUGGAAGGAAACACAACUCCAGUGGUCAUGGCACCUCCACCAGAAGUUGGAAGUGAGCCAGUGCUUGCAACUGUUACCUGGUCCAAAGUGAACGAGUUGGUGGCCGUGUGGAUGAAUAGAAUUCAAAACAGAUUCAUGAUCACCGCACACGAAUUUGCAAACGGAUCUCCCCUGACUAUCAUGGAUCACACGCAGCCAGAUGGUUGGGUCGACUUGUUUGUUCCUCCGACGGUUUCGAGCGACGGCAAUCGCAUCCUCGUCAUCCACCCGCACAACCAAGGCACAGCUGGAGACUUCAGACACUUGACCCUAGUCACGAGGGACCCUAUUAAGGGCACCAAGGCCACGAUAGCCCUUACGCAAGGAGAGUUUGUCGUCACAAGCAUCGUUGCCUGGGAUGAAGCCAACAAUAAAGUAUUUUUCCAAGCAACAAAUCCCACCGACCCUGCCCAACUGGGUUUGUAUACUGUGACCGACAACUUGGCCCUGCCAGAGCCUCCUACGUGUGUUUCCUGCGGGGUCAAGGUGACCGAGACCAGGCAGGCCUGCACCUACGUGUCCGCCUCGUUCAGCUCGGACAAGUCGUACUACAACCUGAACUGCAAUGGCCCUGAUGUGCCCGGCACCCUCAUUUUCAAGAAGAAUGGGGAACUGGUGACCACGUGGGAGGACAACAAGAAACUGGCCGACUUCAUGGGCCAGCACUCGGGGCCGACGAAAAGGCGCCUCCGAGUGCCCGUCCCAGGAGGCUUGGAGGCCUACGCCCAGAUGCUGCUGCCCCCUGACAUGGACACUUCUGGCAACACCAAGUACCCCAUGCUGGUCAAUGUGUAUGGAGGGCCUGAUUCAUCGCAAGUCUCGGACCGAUUCGUUGGCGACUGGGGCACCUACUUGACGACAAACAGGAGCAUAAUUUAUGCAGCAAUCGAUGGACGCGGGUCUGGACUCAAAGGAAACAAGAUACUUUUCUCCGGUUACAAACGGCUCGGAUCAGUUGAGAUCGAGGACCAGAUCAAUGUGACCAAGUAUUUGCAAAGCCAAUUCCCAUUCAUCGACUCAACUCGAACCGCAAUUUGGGGUUGGAGCUACGGUGGCUACAGCACAGGAAUGGCCCUGGCCAAAGACACAUCUGGUGUGUUCAGAUGCGGAAUGUCGGUUGCCCCAGUCACCGACUGGAUUUAUUACGAUUCGAUUUACACGGAGCGUUACAUGAGACUACCAACAACAGACGACAACUUGCUUGGCUAUCAAUUGGCCAAUUUGAACAGAAUUGUGGACAAUCUCGGCCGGAACGAGAACAGGUACUUGCUCAUCCACGGAACAGCCGAUGACAACGUCCACUACCAGCAGUCCAUGAUAUUGUCCAGGACUCUGGAGUUGAAGGACAUUUUGUUCCAACAACAAAGCUAUCCUGACGAAGCACAUGGCUUGAACGGCGUGUCACCGCAUUUGUACCACACGCUGGAGAACUUUUUGGACGUUUGCCUGGACCUGCCGCCGAGAACGUGAACAAAAAUUUUGUGCUAUUUUUCUAUUGUGCCAACUGUGAGUGUGUGAAUUCAGCCAGACAGGGAGAUUGAGUUAUGCUUAUUUUAAUUAAUCUUAUUGAUAAAUAAAAACGUUUUAAGAAAUAUU